CGGCUGGGAAAGAGGGAGGAAGAGAAAGAAGUGGGGGAGGGAGGGAAGGAGGGGAGGAGAAGAGGGAAGGAGGGAGGGAGGGGAGGGGAGGGGAGGGGAGGAGGAGAGGGAGGGAGGUUUGCAGACAGGGGGCUGGGAGAAAGGAAGGGACUGUGAUGUCAGCGGGGAGGCUCGCUUACCUCCCUGACCCGGGCAGAAGGCACUGCGGGGCUGCCGGAGAGGGAGAGCGGGACUGACUGGCGGCGCCCGGAGCUCAGAAUGUCUUCCUGAACCCCGAUUUCCACUUCCAACUACUCCCAGACCAGUGGAUUCUUCUCAGUAGAAGGAACGCCACUGACCAGGGAGUGUAAAGAGCUGAGUGGCUUGGCCCAAGAAAAGUAGCCAUCUUCUGAGAGAAAAGCCAGAAGGAGAUGAUGGCUACCAAGCCAGAGAAGAGGAUGGCCUCCUCUAUCUUCAUCACCCUAACUCCCCCUCGACGGAACACAGCAAAGGUGGAUGAAGUGAGGCAGGCAGCCUGUGCAAGUCGGUCCAGUCGGGCCCGGGAACCUCCCUUGUCCAAGAAGCCCCCCAGUGAUUCUCCAGUGGGCAGACAGGACCCAAGGGUGCCCAGCAUUCCCCCAGCACUGCCCCCACCUGUUCUUCUACCUAAUGGAGGGUCCUCCCUUCCUCCUCCAGCCCCAGAUCCUGAGGACAACUUCCCUGACCUGGAUCUCCUUCCACCUCCACCACCCCCUCCAGCCUUCCUGCUCCCACCAGAUGAGGACUGCCUGGCCCAGGACGGGAAUUUGCUCUCAGAAAAUCUCCAGCAGCUGCAUGUGGCCCCUCCCCCUCCCCCACCACAGGUCCUAACUGAGCCCCACCAACUCAAGCCUAGACCCAAUCACUUCAAGGGAGUAGAGGAAGAGCUGCCACCACCUCCUGAAGAGUCAUCUGGCAUCCCAGAAAGGGAGGAGUCCACAGACAUCUGUGCCUUCUGCCACAAAGUUGUGUCCCCCCGGGAGCUGGCUGUGGAAGCCAUGAAGAGACAGUACCAUGCCCAGUGUUUCACAUGCCGAGCCUGCAACCGACAACUGGCAGGCCAGCUUUUCUACCAGAAGGAUGGCCGGCCCCUCUGUGAACCCUGUUAUAAGGACACUCUAGAGAAGUGUGGCCGGUGCCAGGCUGUGGUCCUAGAACACGUCAUCCGAGCUCUUGGCCAGACUUUCCACCCAGACUGCUUCAUGUGCGUGGUGUGCUCCCGGCGCAUUGGGGAUGAGAGCUUUGCUUUGGAUGACCAGAAUGAAGUCUACUGUUUGGAUGACUUCUACAGGAAAUUCGCCCCCAUGUGCAGCAUCUGCCAGAACCCCAUUAUCCCUCGAGAUGGGAAGGAUGCUUUCAAGAUCGAAUGCAUGGGUCGAAAUUUCCAUGAAAACUGCUACAGGUGUGAGGAUUGCCGGGUCCCGCUAUCUGUGGAGCCCACAGACCAAGGCUGUUACCCCCUGAAUGACCAUCUUUUCUGCAAACCAUGUCACGUCAAGCGCAAUGCAGCAGGAUUGCAGUAGAAGGCACUACAUGGGCCCCUGGCCCCCAAUCUCAGAGAAAUGAGUAUUUGUGAUGAUUCCUGCCCUGGAACACUUCCUAUGUCCUCCACAGCCUCCAUUUCCCUUCUUUAUCUGCUCCUGCAAAAGCCAUCCCAAACCACAGGGAGAUUCCCACCUGCAGGAAUGCUGGGGAUACUGAAGGCUGUGAGGAGAACCCCCUGCACCCUCAAACUUACAGCUUGGUAUCAAUGAACCGAUCAAAAAAAUCAAUAAAUAGUUGUUAAAUGCC